AUGUCGGUCGAAAAUCGACUGGAAACCUAUGUCUUUUCCAAAAAGAGAGAUCACAUCACUAGUCAUUUGAGAGUUCACGUUGCUUCAAAGCCACAUGUCUGUGAGGAUCUAAAGAAACAUGAAAGAACACAUAUACAAAGUGCUAAGAAGCCGCCACCCUCUCCCACUCCUUCCCCAGAACCAUCAGGAGUCUAUCCACAGUACCUCGACCCUCAAUUCACCCAUACAAGCUUGAAUGAUACACUUGGGAGUACCAAGAAUAACGGAACGAAACGCAGUAUAGAUGAGGCCAUUGAAGGGUUUUAUCAGGAAGUGAAAAGGCAGCGCAUUGUUCCGAAGUAUAAUAAUGAUUUAAUAGACAAAUUAGAAGACAUUUCUGGUGUCGUCGGAGAUAUCAAUCAACUGAGCUUACCAUCAUCCACCUUCUCAAAAAAGGAGGACCUCCAUGUCUUCGGGGAUUUCUUGGCGCAAACCCUGCGUGAGAUGGAAACCAACCCCGCUGCCUACUUUACUAAUGUUUCUACUAGCAUACCAAAUACUUUGGAUGAAAUUCUUAUCGGUGAUGGAUUGAAUCCUGUGGUGGAGGAUGUUUAUCCACAGACAUAUGUGUGUUACGAUAACAGCAUCUCACGUCCGUCAGAAUAUAUUUCGGUUUCGCCAUACAUUUUUAAUCCCAAUUUCAGGCAACCACAACAAGUUAUUCCUUAUUGUAUUGAGCCUGAUUUUUCUGGACUUCAGACCCGGAUUCAGCAGACCGGCCUACUGCAAACAUCUAAUAGUCAAGUUUCAGAUGUCGCAAGUGGUUCGGUCAACGUAGAGCAAAAACCCUCGGGAGAAAGCAUUAAACCAAAUUCUACUGAAGAUCAGGUACCUUCAGGUAAAGAUCAUGCGGUAAGUAAGGGCGACAGUGUGGAUGAGCUGUCCGACCGAGUUGCCAAUCUAGGUAUAAGUGAUAAACCUAAUAUCACAAAGGCACAGGAUUCAAAGAACAAUCUGUACAGUGAAGCUCUAAGAAAGAAACACAUUGUUCUUGUUAAUGCCUUACUCAAGAAGGUUGAAGAAAGUCUCUCCAGGCAACUGGAUGAGACUUCUGUUAAACAUGAUAAGGACCGUAAAGAUACUGUUCGGUCCAAUAAUUUGUCAAAUCCCCCGAGGGAUUCACUAUCGAUGCAUCCCAUUUUAGAUGGUGAUAAGCUAAAUUUGGGAGUAGAGAGCUUGGUUACGGUAGAAUGA